GUAUAUCCUGGUGGACUGGCUGGUGGAGGUGACCACCAUGAAAGAUUUCUCCAGUCAGGUGCUGCACGUGACCAUCGGCUGUGUGGACCGCUAUUUGAGCCGGCACUUGGUGCCCAAGGCGCAGCUGCAGCUCCUGGGCAUCGCCUGCAUGGUGAUCAGCACGCGAUACAUCAGCAGAGAGAUCCUGACCAUCCGCGAGGCCGUCUGGCUCACCGACAACACCUAUCAGUAUGAGGACCUGGUGCGCAUGAUGGGGGAGGUCAUCUCCGUGCUGGACGGGAAGAUACGG